AUGGCGCGGCUAUCGCAGCGUUGGUUGCCGCUCUACCUUCAAUCGUUCCUUGCAGCAGUGGCAUUUACGGCGACGUGCUACUUUCCCGACGGCGGCGAGUCGAACCGAGAUGUGCCUUGCUCAUCGGACGAAUUCACCGCCUGCUGUCGACAUAACCAUGUUUGCCUGAGCAAUGGUCUUUGCAUGCAAGUCGGCGAUCAACCGUUUGUCAUAUCGCGGGGAAGCUGUACCGAUCGCAACUGGGACUCUGUCAGAUGCCCGCCUGUCUGUCAAGGGCCCGACGAUAACCCCAGCGGAGGCGCCGUAAUUGUCCCCAUUUCGAGUGGGCGAGAGCCGAGAUACUGCUGCCUUGGUAGUGUCGUGAGAGGAUCUGAGACAACUUGUGUCAACGAUGCAGAGCCUUUCACCCUCGAUGAUGGGGAAGUGGUAAUCGGCUAUGCUGCCCUUUCUGGCGUUGUGCGUGCGACCGCGCCGACCGAAACCAGCUCAGCACCUACUGCGACGAACAGCCCAUCAGCUUCUUCUACACCUGGAGGCAACGGUCCAUCUGAUGGAUCAUCCUCCAGCAAUUCCACGAACAUCGCCAUCGGUGCAGGAGUUGGCGUUCCGCUCGGAGUUAUUGCCUUGGUGUCCAUCGCAUGGGCAUUGUAUGAGCGGAGACAGCGACGCAGAUGUAAUAUUCCCCCAGAACAACUGAGGUUCGCUGAACACCCAGUGCCUCCGCCUCUGCCUCCUGCUAUGACAGGUUACAGCUCACAGCCCGAGCUUGUCCAGCAUCCACCAGUUGAGCUUAAUUCACGCGAAAUCAAGAGGUGA